AUGGUCACGACGAAAGCAGCGGGAUUAGACAAGCUGAUCUUGAAAUUUGAGACAAGGCAUUGUGCUAAACUCGGGACGUUCCGGUGGCUCCAUUCCAGUGCCUCAUUGCGUACAAGUCACAUCCACAUGGCCAACUGGAAGCUAGCGCGAUGGGCACAGUCCCUCCAGGACGGGACUGAGGCUAAGGAUCUGCACAACUUUACCAACUUUUGCCUAGGCGACCUAUCUGAUGGCCGUUUGCGGUCAUCAAUUGUGAAUUUGACCCCGAGCUACAGCAACACAAACACCGACCAUGUUCUCCACCGCGACAUUAUUGGCUUCAGAAAGUCCUUAUGA